AUGGAGAGCAGGAGAGGCGAGGCUGAAGCCGGAGGCCCGAGGGCCGGGCCCAGGAGCAGGGCUGUGGUCCGGGCCAGGGAGAGCCGGGCGGGCCGAGGCGGGGGAGGCAGAAGCCUGCAGAGAGGAGGCCUGAGGCGCCCAGGAUGUGGGGCAGCUGCAGGGCGGGGGUGUGAGGGCCUGGCCGGUCCGGGGGCCCGGUCCCUACAGCACCGUGCCUUGACCACUCUCUACAGCAGCCUCAGGGUGCCUUUCCCAUAUCCAGGAGAGGCGGAGGUCGCCCGAGGGACCUUGACCCUUCUCAGAGAACACGUUGACAUUCGCAGGGAGUUCAUGGUGGAUGGCAGUUUGUUGACUGUGGGAUGGGUUGACCCGGACCGUGACAGCCUCCAGACAGUGUUCAACCGCUUCCUCGACGACCUUGCCCUGCUCUUGCGGACCAUGCGGUGCUUUGGGCCCCCAUUUCCCCCCAUGUCUCUGCCAGACAAAGGGGGCUGA